AUGCUCCUCAGGUGGAUGACCACUUUCCAGGCAUGUCUGGGUGUUACGGAUGACGAGAACCUGAUGAAGGCGAUGCUCGAGAGUGGCUACGCUUUGGUGGAGAUUAUCCGUGGCGAGCAGCGGCAGGGCUUGCAACUUGGGUGGUUCAAGUUCAUGGUGCGCACCGGUAAGCAGCCGGAACUGGAGUCGCUGGACACAUCGGUGCUGUCGCUUCUUGACCAGCAGGCAGGCGACUUCUGGCGAUCCACGCAGGCCCUGGCUGAAGCAGAAGCAGCGACCAAGGAGAACGGUGAGAUCUCCGCGGAUAAAGCGUCGGUGAAGAACAUCAUGCUGAAUCUCAUCCAGGUGUAUUCUGUGAACCAGGAGGAAAUGAAAAGUUUGGGUUUCAAGGAUGUCAUCGGGACAAUGAAUACCGCCCGUACCCGGGCCAUUCUCGCUUUGGCCAAGCUGCAUGAUGCUAUGCAGAAAGACAAGGGCCUCGUGAUCAGAUCUUACAAUGAGUUGAAGAGCAUUGUGACUUCCAUGCAGGCUGGGAACGAGGCUGAGAUUCGUGCGACCCUCACGAAUCUUUCCAUGCAGGGCGAGCAGGAAGCCCAGCAGGUGAUGCAGUCAAUGGCUGUGCGUGAGUACGAAGAGACGAUCGACCUCGUCAAGACGUGGGCCCAAGAAAGCGUUUUUCAGCAGCCGGACCUGGCAGAGAUGUAUUUGAAGUUGCACGAGUGCAACGACGAGGAGCCUAAGUCAGUGAACCUCUGCCCUGUGAUCGCCUGUGUCAUGGGCUCGGAGCUGAUGUUUAAUCCGGAGGCCGUGAAAGCCGAUACCCACCAGCAAGUCAGCAAGUUCUUCCAGUAUUGCCAGUCCACCCUCAAGCUUCCCAAGAAGGAUUUGCCCAAGAUGCUUGUUGAAAAGCUGGAGAAGAUUGCCAAGGAUCGUGUUGUGAUUGUUUCAAGGGAUUCCAAGAUGAUGGUCCAGAUGAUGCCGCCGCCUUCCCCAUCCCCGCGUGGACCAAGCAAGAAGCGAGCAGCCUCAGAGAGCAAGAAGUAG